GUUUGCUAAAUUGUUAUGUUAUUGCAUUGUCUAUUAAAGGAUGCCUUGGAGCUUGAUCAAUUGAUAAGUUACUUGAUAAACAAAGAAGAUUCGGAAGGUGUGGUACUACUUGGACACAGUACUGGCUGCCAGGAUAUUGUGUAUUACAUGCGUACCAAUGCAGCAUGUUCAAGAGCAGUGCGUGCAGCCAUUUUGCAGGCUCCAGCGAGUGACCGGGAAUUCAAAGCCACUCUCCCGGAAACUGCUUCCAUGAUUGAUUUAGCUUCAACGAUGAUUAGUGAAGGUCGAGGAUCAGAAUUGAUGCCUCUGGAAGCCAAUCCAGAUUCCCCAAUAACGGCCUAUAGCACUAUUUUGUCAUGCAGGUAUCAUUCGCUUUGUGCAUACAAUGGUGAUGACGACAUGUUCAGUUCUGACUUUAGUGAAGACCAGUUGAAACAGAAACUUGGACACAUGUCCAACAUACCUUGCCUGGUGAUGUUCUCCAUGGCUGAUGAAUACGUACCAGAUUACGUGGACAAGAAAGCAUUGGUCAAUAGGUUGUUCAGAGCAAUAGGUGGUGCAGAAAAGGUUGAAAUCAACUAUGGAAACCAUUCACUAUCUAACAGAACUGAGGAAGCAGUCCAGGCAAUAAUCGAAUUUGUAAAAAGAGACGGACCCAAAGGAUGGGAUGAUCCAUGGAGUUAAUACGAUGCACUUAAGUUUUUCUGUAUGAAUUUUUGCAUUACAUUAAAGGUUUGAGCAUUGAAUUUGUUUCAUUGUGUAGCUCAAUUGAGAUUGAUACAUUAUGCAGAAAAUUUCCCAUUGUAGCAGCUGUUUGUCAGAUUUAUUUGGUUCGAAGAUGCUUCACAUGGAAUCCUAGACACCCUUCCCUAUCA